AUGGAGGACAACAUCUACGAGUGGCACGUCACCAUGAGCCCCCUCUCUGGGCACUUCAGCGGGCUGCGCAUCCACAUGGUGCUGCUGCUCCCGGACGACUACCCCCGGAGACCGCCCAGGGUGGAGCUGUACAACUACCUCCCGCACGCGAACGUCUUCCGCGACUUCCUCCAGGCGACCUCCCAGAGCUGGGCCUCCUACUGGAAGGGGAGCAGCCCCUCGCGCGGAGGCUACGUGCUGUGCACCGACCUCCUCGAGCAGGGGCCGCCCCCGCUGGACCCCAGCGACCCCCGCAGGCACGAGGGAUGGAGCCCCUCCUACAGCGUGGAGGCUCGGGGGGGGGGGGGAACAGGCACCGAUGCCGCCGGAGGCCGCACUCCUGGCUGCUCCUCGCUCCUCGCUCAUCCUCGCCCAUUCCUGCCCCUCCACCUACUCCUCCUCUCCCUCAUUCUCCUCCUCCUCCUCCUCCUCCUCUUCCUCCUCCUCCUCCGCCUCCUCCUCCGCCUCCUCCUCCUCCUCCUCCUCCUCCUCCUCCUCCUCCCCUGGCGCUAA